CAAAGACAACACGUCUCAUUCCACGCUUAGCCGACUUAACCAGAUGACGCAGUGUUUAUGUAAUUAAGAUUUCGAUAGUUGUUCGAAUAGAAAUUUUUCGGCGGUUCGGUUGGUACCUGCCAAAUGUAACUGAGACUUUCAAAUAAUUAAUAUUUUUGUGUUGUUUCGGGUAAGAGUUUGCGUGAUGUAAAUUUUGACGGGGAAAAUUUUAGUUUGUGAUUUUACAGUACGAUACAAGUGAUUUUGGAUUACGUUUAUUUUCAUUGAGAAUUUUAAAUAAAACAUAAGGAUAAUGAAGCGCCCGCCUGGGUUGUGGAUACUCUUAUCAGCAGGCGUCCUCUGGUUAAGUCUACAAGACGUUUAUGGUAUAAGGGCGACAGCGCUAAUUUUUGGAAAAUCGUCGACCACCACGACCACGGAACUUCCUGCGACAGAUCCUGCUGCAAAAGAUGAGUCACUUAGUAGCAGCACGGAGGCCAAUGGGGAUGUAAUGAACGUGACAAAGCCGCCGUUGACGGGAAACCCCCAAAUCGACUACAUUUGGGAUCCCAAUUUGCCCAAAGAACUGAACGGACAUAAUCUGUCCGAUUAUCCUUUCUAUGAAAGGGUCCCAGACGAGGUGAUAGCAUUCAAGUGCGAUGGCCUACACGACGGCUUUUACGCCAGUAUUCCACACAAAUGCCAAGUAUACCACCACUGUCUUUUCGGAACUAGAUACGAUUUCCUAUGUGCCAACUACACAGCCUUCGAUCAAAAAACGUUUAUCUGCCAUUUUGCGUCUGAAGUAGAUUGUGCCAACUCCAAAAAAUACUGGCACAGAAAUGAUGAUCUUUAUCAAGCAGCCUCCACUACAACUGCAAAAUCUUUAGUGAUACCCACGACACCGCCACCCACAGGACCUUUAACAGUAUCACCACUACUUGGUGGUGGGUUUAGAAGACCAAAUGGAGGUCGUAGGCGACUUAGACCAAGAGUUAGACCGCAAUAUGACUAUUAUGAAGAUGAAUAUUAUGAUGAGGAAUACUAUGAACGACCAAGAAGGAAGAAGAGACCACGUCCAAGGCGACCAGCUUAUGAAGAAGAGGAGUAUGGAGACGAGUAUGAAGAAAGGUUUGAACGAAGAGGUUCAGGAAGAAGAGAUGAAAAUAGAAAAAGACCAUACGACAGAAGAGACGAUGAAGAUGAAGAACCACCGAGAAAACGUCCAGGUGAUAGACGUAAAAACAAAGAUAGAAGAACGCCCGAUUACGAAGAUGAAGAAGAAACAAAAUCAAACCGACGCGAUGAAGAAACGAAGUCCAACAGACGUGAUAACGACAAUAGAAAAACUGACGAUAAACGUUCUUCAGAUAGAAACUUUGAAAAACGUAGACCACACGGUGAUAAUGAAGAUAGAAAAAGUGUAGAUGAAGACACUGAUAAACAAUCUUCAUCUUCGGAUAGAAAGUAUGAGAAACGCCGUAAUGAAGAGGAAGAUACAGAUAAACGUUCUUCUUCUUCGGAAAGAAAGUUUGAUAAACGCCGUAAUGAAGAGGAAGAUACAGAUAAACGUUCUUCUUCUUCGGAAAGAAAGUUUGAAAAACGUCGCCCUUAUUUAGAAUCCAAAAGCAGAAACUCUGAAGAUGAAAUCAAAGAAAGAGGACCUGCGGAUAAAAGUGACAGAAGAAGACAAGAGGAUGAAGAAACGCCACGAAAACCACCAAGAAAAUCUUCCAGAAGACCUUACAAAGAGUACGAAGAAGACACAUAUGAUGACAGGGAUUACGAUCGUCCAAGGAAAAGUGAAGAAAGAAGAAAUCCCCCAAAAGAAGAAAAUUCCAGAGCUAUUAUCAAACCGGUAUCUGGUACCAUAUACGAUCGCCCAAGAUUGGCACCAAGAAUUAAACUUCCAGUACCAAAAAAUGAAGCUGACAAGUAUGCUUAUAAACAUGUGGCUAUAGCAACUAAACCACCAGCAGUUUUAGAUGAAGAAUAUUACGAUGAUUAUGAAGAGGAAGAACCAAGGGCUAAACCAUCAAGAAAAUCCACUGAAGUUAGUGAAAGACCAGAUAAGCAUAAAGAAGAAUCCAAGGAAGUAAAGAAGAAUUUUAGACCUAGGGAUGUAAUAGAAGAAAGUGAAGAAAAACAGGAAAAAACGACGACGAAAAGGCCUAAAUUCAACGUCAGAGGUAGCACACGACAUUCUACAACUACUCCAAAGAAACCUAUUGUGGAGGAAUACUACGAUGACGAUUAUGUAGAGGAACCAGUUAAAACAACAAAACCUAAAAUCGCAUUUAAACCUAAAUCUACAUCAACAAGUACUAGUACUACCACAAGUACUACUACCACCACUACAACAACAGAAAAACCAGAAUUAAAGUCGGAACAAAUUGUGAGAGUUGUAAAGAGGCCUUUUUUACCCAGUAGAGGUGGUAAUCCUUACUCAGGCAGAGGAUUGCAACCUGUUGGUUUAAAGGCUCAACCUCAAUAUGCUGAUGAAGACUAUGAAGAAAAAACAGAGGAAAUUCAGGAAGUAAAAGUCCCAAUUGCAAACAAAGAACCUACGUUUUCAAUGAAAGAAUCAUUCAGUAGUACAUAUAAAGAUAAAAAUGAGGAAUUCAAACCCUCUCCGGUGAUCCUGAAAGUACCGGUCAGGCAAAAAUACGCCCCCAUCGACGAAGAUUACGAUAUUACACAGCCGGAAGUACGCAAACCCUACGUAGAAACAAAACACAUUGGUCCUAGAACCACGCAGAAACCUAAAGUACCCGAAAGGAACCCACUGGAUUUAAAUGAAUACGAUGUAACUCUAAACGACGCUCUUAACCCUACUUUACCGAACUUACCCGUCCGGGGGUUUCCCACUGGGUUCAGCGCCGCCCAGGAUUACACUUACAGUAAUUUCCAGAGGCCCAGAUACGUCGUAGAUCCAGUUUUGUCCCAAUCCAGCUCGGAUUAUAGCUACAGGCCCAAACUAUCCAGACCGACAAGGUACGAGGGGCAGGCCAACACCGAUAUCCCCAAUGCGAAUUUAGAAUACCAAGGAUACAGCGGUCAGAAUUUGAGGCCCAGGCAACAACAGCAAACGCAGGCCUUUUAUUUUUAA